AUGGUAUGGACCGUUCUCCGAGACUGGAAGCCCCGCUAUUGCAUCAGUGAAGCUGCGGGACUCUCAUUUGCAAGGAUAUCGACUAACACCGAUCGUUCUUACCAGGCUGACUCACUCACCGAAGAGCAAGUGUCCGAAUUCAAAGAAGCGUUUUCUCUGUUUGACAAGGACGGUGAUGGACAAAUCACAACCAAAGAGCUAGGCACUGUGAUGCGAUCCCUUGGCCAGAAUCCCUCCGAGUCUGAAUUACAAGACAUGAUCAAUGAAGUCGAUGCCGACAACAAUGGCACCAUCGACUUUCCAGAGUUCCUCACAAUGAUGGCAAGGAAGAUGAAGGACACCGAUUCCGAGGAAGAAAUCCGGGAAGCCUUCAAGGUGUUCGACCGCGAUAACAACGGAUUCAUAUCCGCUGCUGAGCUUCGCCACGUCAUGACUUCUAUCGGAGAGAAGUUGACUGAUGAUGAAGUGGAUGAAAUGAUUCGUGAGGCAGAUCAAGAUGGCGAUGGACGAAUCGAUUACAAUGAGUUCGUUCAGCUGAUGAUGCAGAAGUAA